AUGGUUAGCAAGAAAUUCUUUGAUGAUUUCUUUACAAGUUCAAUUUCUUCUGAUGGAUAUUCAAUUGGGCCUCUAUCUACUAGCAUUUCCAUUAUUGAGACUCAAACUAAUAUCGUCACCAAAUACGCUACUACAACGCAAAUUGACGGAUCAGUUACUAUCACAACUACCAUCCCUUGUGAAACUUCGUUGGAAACAGUUGUUAUCAAUCCAGAAUCCACUAUUACUCUUACCGAACCAUGUCCUAAAUGUAUUGCUACUACAAUUACCUCUAAUGAAGUUGUAACAUUAACAUUGACUAAUUCAAAUGAUCAAGCAGUUACUGUCACAUCUACAGAAGUGAUUUCACUAAUUGUUGAAGUUACUACUGCUGAAUAUGUUUACACAGUUGUCACAACAACUUUCUGA